AUGGAAACGGACCGGCUCAAGGUCGACAGUUUAGACGCGGAGAUCACUGCCACUUUGCGGAUUAUCGAGCUGAACUUUUUGAAUGCACUCGAGCAAGUUGACCGUAUCCAGCGAGUGGCGAAACGCUACGUGCAGAGUGCAGAGAAACUGCGGGCGUUUGCCGCACCCUGGCGAAACCUCUUUCACUCCAUAGCACGUGAUACGUCUGGAGAGCGUCAGGUGGAGACGAGACCAGCUCCAGGCGGAGGUAGCAGUGAAAAUAAUCUUCACGAGAGACUCGUGAGUCUGCCUCAGUCGAUGCGUGAGUCGUUGGCGCGGCUUCGCGCUUUCUUGCCGCACAAGCCGCGCACUGCGGACUGGGGAAACUUUUCAGGGCUGCUCGAGGACGAUGUAGAUGAUGAUGACGACGACGCUCCGUUUCUUUGUAGGGUUUCCGAACGCCGCGCGGAUGCGGGCGACGCUUUUUGCGAGACCUCGUCGGGGCCGGUGCGAGCAGUCGGGACGCACGGACGCACGUCGUCUCUCGUGGAGGGCAUAGCAGGAAUGCCUGUCGCUUCACACGAUGAAAGCAGUGCAGCUGCUGGGGAGCAUGUUUUCUACAAGAGACCGUCGACGAACCCGAACUUGUGCGCGCGCUGGCCGCAGCAGACUGACGCCACCGGAGCAGCUAAUACCCCAGCAGCCACAGUGCCGCGGCACGACCUCGUUGGUCCGGGUGUAUAUGAACCUAUUCACGCCGAUCGUGGACUUGGACGUUGUUCUCGUACGGCGGACAAUAACGAAUUGGAACUCGAACGGUUUCCGGAAAAGUUUCGUGAUGGUGAUGGCGCUCGGCAGCUGCAACAGCUGUACGCUGUGUUUUGCCAGCAUCCUUCUGUUGCACUCAGUGCGGCGGAUUUGGCCGCUAUGCUGGACGGCUCACACAGUCUGGAGGUUUUGGAACUUGUCUGUGAACUACUGGCGAGCCGCAAUUACCUGCUAAGCGUGCUUGGGUCGGGGUCAGUUCGGCAAUGGAUGCUUGCGCCACGGUAUGACGAGCCGAGCUCGAUAGUCACCGGCGCGCUGGGUGGUUCCAGCGAGACGCUCGACAGCAUUGCCGCAUCCAGUUUUUCCGUCAUCGAUACCGCCUUGUCGAUAGACGAAAUGUAA